AUGGUAUGGGCCACCUCGGAAAAACUUGGCUGCGCAAUCAAUCGGUGUGACAAUAUAUUUCCUCAAUGGCCUAAACCAAUUUAUCUCCUGGCUUGUCAGUACAAACCUCCAGGCAAUUUUUUUAGAAAAAAGCCCUAUGAGGAAGGAGCACCGUGCACCCAAUGUCCCGAAUUCUCCACUUGCAAAGACAAACAAUGCUCGAGCAAGUUGCUUUGA